UUCAGUGUUGCGAUUCACUCACGAUAAUUUUCGCGGGUAUAGUGAUCAUUAUUUGAUUAAUUACUUAAAGUUAAGUUUCGAAUAUACUUGUAAAUAAUGGCAGCAAUAAGGAUAUCGCUUCGAUCGAUCUUCCCAUCAGGUAUCAAAGCAUUUCACAGCACAGGCUGCUCAAGAGUACAAAUUUCUGUCCAAUAUUCAAGUGCAGCACAGCUUGCUCUUCGUGGAAUCUUAGACUCGCAGCUCAGUGACAUCCACCAAGCAGGCACAUGGAAAGAUGAAAGGGUUAUAACAACCAAACAAGCCCCAGAAAUUGCAGUACAUGGACAAACUGAAAAGCUGCUCAACUUUUGUGCAAACAACUAUCUGGGAUUGUCAUCUCAUCCAGAAGUUAUACAAGCAGCUAAAGAUGCCUUAGACAAGUAUGGCAAUGGACUCAGUUCAGUCAGGUUUAUAUGUGGUACACAGGAUCUUCACAAAGAACUGGAGGAAAAGAUAUCAAGAUUCCAUGAACGGGAAGAUACAAUUCUAUAUGCUUGUUGUUUUGAUGCAAAUGCUGGCUUGUUUGAGGCUCUUAUGACUCCAGAUGAUGCAAUAUUAAGUGAUGAAUUGAAUCAUGCAUCUAUCAUUGAUGGAAUACGACUAUCCAAGGCCAAGAAAUUCAGAUACAAAAAUAAAGACAUGAAAGACCUUGAAGAAAAGCUGAAAGAGGCAGAGGGAGCACGUAUGAAGUUAAUAGUUACUGAUGGUGUUUUCAGUAUGGAUGGAAAAGUUGCACCUCUUAAUGAACUGUGUGACUUAGCAGAAAAGUAUGGUGCACUUACAUUCAUUGAUGAGUGUCAUGCUACAGGAUUCCUUGGAGACACAGGGAGGGGAACAGAGGAAUAUCUAAACUGUAUGGGACGUGUGGAUAUCAUUAACUCAACUCUUGGGAAAGCUUUGGGUGGAGGAGCAGGUGGCUAUACAACAGGACCAAAACAACUAAUUGAUUUGCUUCGUCAGAAGUCCCGUCCUUAUCUGUUCUCCAACACUCUGCCCCCUCCAGUUGUGGGUGGGGCCAGCAAGGUGUUUGAUCUGUUAAUGAAUGGAUCUGACUUGAUCAAAAAAGUGUCUGAAAACACUAAGUUAUUCCGAAAGAAAAUGACAGCAGCGGGGUUUCACAUAAUUGGGGAUGGUCAUCCAAUAACUCCUGUCAUGUUGGGAGAUGCACGGCUGGCUGUAGAGUUUGCUGAUGAAAUGUUAGAUCGUGGUAUCUAUGUGAUAGGUUUUACAUUUCCUGUUGUUCCCAAAGGUCAAGCAAGGAUUCGGGUUCAGAUCUCUGCUGCACACAGCACAGAGGAGAUUGAUCGUUGUGUUGAAGCUUUUAUUGAAGUUGGAAAAAAGAAAGGUGUAAUUUAAUUGAGCAGUAUGCAAUGUGUGACAAGAUUCUCAUCAAUUUGCAUGUCAUUAGACUGACAAACAAUGAAUCAAAUUUAAUGUGUGAGGUUAACUUUUAAAAGUUAUCAAUUGGAACACUUUCUUUUGAGAUUUGGCAGGUAUUGAGUCUUAAUUUUCUCCCAUUACCAACAAUAAAAUAUUUAAUAUCAAUUUGCAGCAAAACUGAAUAAAUGACAACCUGAACUUUUACAUUAUAUGCAUAGCGCACAAGUUAGGGGAGAACUUUAAUCAUUAAGCUAACUAUCCUUGUCAGCACCUUAGGAAAUGUAUAGAGAACAGUAUAGAGAAUAUAAUGUUCUUAGUGUAUUUUGAUGUUUUCUGCAAUCUAUUACUAUACAGACGUACAGCAACAUGAUAAAACAGUAAAAUGUUGUUGAUGGUGACAUCAUCUAUGUAUCUGUCCUCCAUCAUAAGUGAGAAUCAUGUGUCUGAUUAAGAUUAUCAUAUAACAAUUUAGAAUCAAUUCUUGUAAGCAAAGAAAUUAUGAUGAAUAAUUCCACUAAGAGGUUUUAGUUGGUAGUGGCAAUAUUGGGCUAUUUCACGGUCAUAUCUUACAAAUUCUCUAGCUACUGGAGGACUUCAUAUUUAUUUUGUGGCAUUAUACUUUUGUAAUAACAAAUUAUUAUACCAGGAGGGAGGGCAGUGAAUCAAUUCUUGUAAGCAAAGAAAUUAUGAUGGAUAAUUCCACUAGGUGGUUUUAGUCCAUAGUGGCAAUAUUGAGCUGUUUCAUGGUCAUAUCUUACAAAUUCUAUAGCUACUGGAGGAUUAGAUAUUUAUUUUGUGGCAUUGUACUUUUAUAAUAACAAAUUAUCACACUAUGAGGGAGGGCAGUGAAAUUUUGGAGAGAUUUGUUAUCUCAAAGUUUACUUUUGUCAACUUGAGGAUAAAGGUCAUGUAAACUGAUUGAUUUGAGGAAGACCCAAUUUACACAUGCAUCUCGGAAAACUGAGCCAUUAUGAAUUAUCUUGUUUAACAUCUAAUCUAUGUGGACAUUGAAUUUGAUGUUCAGUGCAAAGAAGGUUUAAGUGCUAUUUUUGUAGUCAAUCUGGAAGUCUCAGAGCUUUAUACUGCAACUUGCACAAAGAUCUUGCAUUACGUAGUAACUUAAUUUUCUUUUGUUCACCUGUUAUUUUUUUUUUGAGGAAGAAGGGAAUUUAUCCAUUGGAUAGCAUUAUCCAACAACUGGAGCUAGGUGUUUAUGGAGUAAAUAUACUGCCUAUUUAAUACCAUCACUGUCGUUCUGCCUCACAGCACAAAGUGCAUUGAAAAAAUUUGUGGAAUUUAUCGAAGAAAAUGGAGGUGGUCACAAUAAUAAAAAAAAACU